CCUGCUGGCUGCUAAUUAAUGAUUCAACAAGGCUGAGCAUAUAGGGCAACUGCCACUCUGCGCAGGCGCGGCUCCUGAACAAGAUGGACGGGCUGAGCACAGAGCCGGAAGACGGCGUGUUCACCAGCAUUUCUCUAGCAGAUGACACAGACCAUUCAUCAAAGAGUGUGCAUCCAAGAGCUGAAAGUCUGUUACCCAAGAUGAUGAAUGCUGACAUGGAUGCAGUUGAUGCUGAGACUCAGGUGGAACUGGAAGAAAAGACGAGACUUAUUAAUCAAGUGUUGGAACUGCAGCACACACUUGAAGAUCUUUCUGCAAGAGUAGAUGCAGUUAAGGAAGAAAAUCUGAAGCUAAAAUCGGAAAAUCAAGUUCUUGGACAAUAUAUAGAAAACCUCAUGUCUGCUUCUAGUGUUUUUCAAACAACUGAUACAAAAAGCAAAAGGAAGUAAAGGCUUCACUUCCCUCUCAUCUGUGGAGUUGCUGCUUUUUUUUUCUUAAAGCUUGGAUAUGAUCCAAAAGUUACAGUAUCCUUUGCUUCCUUGAGUAUUUAUAAAGAGAAUGUCAGAUCUAGGUAAUAUUAACUGCUUAACAGGAAACAUCCCUGAGUUAAUGUUAUAUGUAUUACAUUAGUCUAUGAAAAUGUGCAAAUGUAGAGACUUUAUAAUUAGAAUGACAGAUAUUUAUGAAACUUGAAGAUAAAUGUUUUGCCAAUGCUUAUAUAUCUAUAGGUUUAGCACUGUCUUUUAUCAUAUGCCUAACUAGUAAACUAUACAAGAGAAUAACCAUGUGAACAGUGACCAAACCAUGUACUGAAUGCACAGCUUCUGUACCCUGUCCACCAUCGUGUGCCUCUCCCCCAUCUCCCUGACGGUAACUUCAGUAGUUGUCACCUACCAGAGUAACCUGAACUGUAACUGUUGACACUUAACCAAAAUAAGAUACUUUCUUAGCUAAGGCUUGCCAUUUGUAAUAGUUAGUAAUAAGAUAGGAUCGAUGGUUUCUCUUUAAUCAAUUGAAGAUAGAUUGAAGCUAUAAAAAUGAAGGGUUUUCUUUGAAAUGUAAAUUGUCCUAAUGAGAAGCUAAAAGUCCCUUUUACACAAAAUAGCCCGUUUGGUGUUAAAAAGAUAAGAGUGCUGGCCACAUGUAUGUGAGAAAUAGAAAAUCUUGAGGAAAGAUAGAAAUAGGGAGGAAAACUGGAUAACAGAAGUAACCAACUCCAAAUGUUUUCUCUCCAGAUGUGUGUUACCUCUGGCCCACAGCUGCAACUUUGGGACAGUAUGAAAUCAGACUAAGUCUGAUGUAAGCAGGUUAAGUAAGUCACAUGUCAGAGGACCAGUUAAGAGUUUGGUCUCAAGGUUUGUACCCAGGAAAUAAACUUUUGCAAAAUUAAUUGAGAGUAUAUUAGUAUAUGAAUCAUGAAUAUAAGAGUUUUGUAUAUGUGAUGAUUGUUAACUUUAGUAUUUUAUCUCAGUUGUUUUUCCCAGAAUUUCUGUAAGUGCAACCACUUUGUUUGCAGAAUUUUAGUAAUUUCUUUUAACAAUUUUAAAAUUGUUUGGUUUGUAGCUUCCAUUUGAUAAAGGAGUUGAUAUCAAGAAUAAUGUUAAAAUGUUACGACAGGAAAGACCCACUAGUGCAGCUGAUGGCUCUCAGGUUGGGCUGUGUUGACUUGUGGGAUCAUCAAAUGUAUUAGUGACAGUAGCUACAUGGACAUGUAAUCCUCACAUUGCAGAUAUUUUGCAACCCUUUUGUGACUGCAUUACAAAUAUUUAAAAUUGUGUUCUGCUUUGCUGUUUAAUAAAAAGCUGUUUCAGA